UUCUACUGCAACAAGAUGGGCUUUGAGCCCCUCGCCUACAGGGGCCUGGAGACGGGGUCCCGGGAGGUGGUCAGCCAUGUGGUCAAGCAAGGGAAGAUUGUCUUUGUGUUCUCCUCGGCCCUCAACCCCUGGAACAAAGAGAUGGGCGAUCACCUGGUGAAGCACGGAGACGGGGUCAAAGACGUCGCGUUCGAGGUGGAGGACUGCGAUGCCAUCGUGCAGAAAGCCCGGGAGCGCGGGGCCACGGUACUGCGGGAGCCCUGGGUGGAGGAGGACAAGUUCGGGAAGGUCAAAUUCGCUGUGCUGCAGACGUACGGGGACACUACACACACCCUGGUGGAGAAGGUGAGCUACGCGGGCCGCUUCCUGCCCGGCUUCGAGGCCCCGCAGUUCGUGGACCCCCUGCUGGCCAGGCUGCCAAGCUGCUCCCUCGAGGUCGUCGACCACAUCGUGGGGAACCAGCCUGACCACGAGAUGCUGUCCGCCGCCGAGUGGUACCUGAAGACCCUGCAGUUCCACCGCUUCUGGUCGGUGGACGACACGCAGGUGCACACAGAGUACAGCUCCCUGCGCUCCAUCGUGGUGGCCAACUAUGAGGAGUCCAUCAAGAUGCCCAUCAAUGAGCCGGCGCCCGGCAAGAAGAAGUCCCAGAUCCAGGAAUACGUGGACUAUAACGGGGGUGCGGGAGUCCAGCACAUCGCCCUCAAGACGCAGGACAUCAUCAAGACGAUUCGCCACCUGAGAGAGAGGGGCGUGGAGUUCCUGGCGGUCCCUUCCACUUACUACAGACAACUGCGGGAGAACCUCAAGUCGGCCAAGGUCCAGGUGAAGGAGAGUGUCGACGUCCUGGAGGAGCUGAAAAUCCUGGUGGACUACGACGAGAAAGGCUACCUCCUGCAGAUCUUCACGAAGCCCAUGCAGGACCGGCCGACGCUCUUCCUGGAAGUCAUCCAGCGCCACAACCACCAGGCCAGCGCCUGGCUCCAGCACAUGUUGAAAGCUGGGGCCGUCUCGGACCGGCUCUUGCUGGAGAUGGCCCGCAGCGGGGCGCUGGCCUCCCUUCUGCCAGCAAUCCGCGGGUGCCAGUGGGGUGCAGGGCGGAGCACUGACGGGGCCAGGGUCCCCUCCUGUGCGGCCUGGGCCAGCGCCCAGCCGGCCUCGCACAUCCUGGAUGCGGUGGUCUCAGCGGCCACCUCCUCGCCCCAGACACAGCACUCGCCGCCGCCUCCCGGGCUGCCUCACCCGCUGCCGCCAGGGCCACCCGCCUGGGUGGACGCUGCAGGCGCCGGCCCGGUCGUGGCCACCUGCUCACAGGCGAAGCUGCCGGGCUCAGCCACGCCGCUCGCGAGGUGA